AAAAAAACCAUUCACGGAAGAGAUUCGGCAGCGGUUCGAGUCUGACAAGUUUUUUUUUUUUUUUUUUGAGGUAGGCGAGGGAAGGGAAAAGGAAAAAAAGAAGCUUUACUGCAGCUACUGCGAACUGUCAGUCCGUGCUGUCCCCUUUUUAGGAGUGAAAGCAAAGAUGGAGGGAGCGAUUAAAACCAUGGUGAGUGCCUUCCUGAAGUCAUCCAAGGGCAAGGAAAACCUCGGAGGGAAGGAGUUCCAGAGCCUCGUGAAGAACCAGCUGAAAAACAUUCUGGCGGGCUCAGAGGACAAAGAGGCAGUUAAAAACAUGUGUGAAGAGCUAGACAUCAACCAGGAUGGGAAGGUCGGCUUCAAGGAGUAUAUGAAUCUGAUUGGCUAUCUGGCGCAGUCUGUCAGUGAACAGCAUUGUUCGGAAAACGAAACACAACCAGAGAGUUCAACCCAAGAGAUGAAGGCUGAGGCGGCAGCCAGUGCACAGACAGAGCCACCGAAGGCAGAGACACCGAAGGCAGAGACACCGAAAGCAGAGGCGCCGAAGAUAGAGCCGCCGAAGACAGAGCAGCCGAAGACAGAGCCGCCGAAGACAGAGCUGCCGAAGACAGAGCCGCCGAAGACAGAGCUGCCGAAGACAGAGCCGCCGAAGACAGAACUGCCGAAGACAGAGCCACAGGCGACAAAGGAGGUGGAGAAAGAAGACAAGCCAGUGACCGAGGGGGCAGCGGCCAAAGAGCAGAAGCCAGAGGAAGAGAAAAAAACAGAUGUGGAACAGGAAGGGGCGAAAGUUGAAGAGAAUAAAGCUGAAAAGGAGAAUAAAACAGAGGAAGCAUCGUAGGAGCUCGAGGAAGUCGAGAUUGUCACAUCUCAAAUGCUUCUGUUUGUUUUGUUCGUCAUUUUCAUUAUUGUGAAAUUUUAAUACAUAUAAAACCUGGCCAAUAUACUAAAACUGCCAUAGCCCCUUUAUUAAA